AUGUCCAAAAAACGUACAUACCUGGAUUCAUAUGUACAAUAUGGUUUUGACUUCAUUGUUGUGGAUGGUGUGGAGAAGCCUCAGUGUCUGCUGUGCUCAAAAGUUUUUGAAAAUGGGUCACUGAAACCUUCAAUAUUGAAACAGCAUCUGGAAGCUACACAUCCUGCCCAUGCAUCUUAUGACUGUGCUACAUUUGAGGCAAAUAGAGUUAGGUUUAGGUCUGCAGGAACACUGCCCAAACUUGGCUUCGUAUCUGAGAAGAAACCAAUGCUUGCAGCUUCCUAUCUUGUAGCAAUGCGAAUAGCAAAGGCAAAGAAACCUCAUGACAUAGCCAACAAGCUGAUUAAACCUUGUGCUUUAGACAUGGUUGAACAUGUACGUGGAAAUAAAGAAAAACAGAAGAUUCAAGCCAUUCCUCUUUCUAAUGACACAAUUCAUCAGCAUAUUAUAGAAAUGUCGCAAGAUAUUUGUCAACAAGUUGUUGAACAGAUCAAAUCUAGCCCAGCAAAAAUUUCUUUGCAACUUGAUGAAUCCUGUGAUAACGAUCUCACAUGGGACAUUGUUGGUUCAAUCUGUACUGAUGGAGCUCCAGCCAUGAUGGGAGUGAGAUCAAGCUUCACUGCACUUGUGAAGCAAAAGGCACCCCAUGUGAUAACAACACAUUAUGUUCUUCACAGACAUGUAUUAGCUGCAAGAACUCUUUCUGAAAAUCUGAAAAUUGUUUUGCAGAAAGAGAAAGCUGGACUUAUCUUUGCAAAUUUUCCAAACUUGGAUGAAGAAAGAUAUGGAGUGUUACCUGAGAUGAAUGAAGACAUCACAGAAAAUUUGAAAAUCUUGAAGAAUCACUUCAUUGGCUACUUUUCAAAAGACAUGAUUCUAACAGAGAGGUGGAUAAUAAGACCUUUUGCCAAUGAACUAUCAGAAAUGAAAGAUGAUGACCCAGCAAUACAGGAGCUGAUUGAUCUUCAAUCCUCAGCUACUCUUAGAGAAGAAUUUGAAAAGGCAGCAUUUCUUACUAACUAUGCUGCCGACCUUGGUCGCUGGUUUCCAGGCCCGCUUCACAAGCUUAUUUCGUAA